AUGUUUCACGCUGGUCUUGAAGCACUUUUUGGUCGCAAUCGUGAACAUCAUAAAAAACGACAUUUAUUUGGUCUUCGUCGUCGUCAUGAUAAUCAUAAAGAAGAAACAGAUGAAUUUGCAAAACUUUUUUCUGAUAAACCACAUACAGAAAAAGAAUUGACUGUUGAUAAAAAUUUUUGUUUUGCUGCUAUGCAAGGUUGGCGUUCAACAAUGGAAGAUAAACAUAAACAUUUAGUUCCAUUUGAUGAUUCUUCAUGGAAAUUAUGGUCGUAUUUUUCAAUUUUUGAUGGUCAUAAUGGUAUUGAUACAGCAAAAUAUGCUGCUGAUCAUCUUGACAUUUACUUAUUAGAUAUACUUAAUAAAAUGCUUAUUCAACAAAAAGAUAAUAAAAUAAAUAUUGGCGAACCUGUUCGUUCAUCUCAAUUAGAUGUUCCAACAUUCUGUGCUUCUAUUAAACAGGCUUAUUUUGAAUUAGAUAAACAAUUAAAACAAGUUGUUAAAGAUGAUAGUGGUUGUGUUUGCAUAACAUGUCUUAUUGGUCCAGAACAAAUUUAUUUAAUUAAUGUUGGUGAUUCUCGUGCUAUAAUUUUUUCAAAUGAUGGACGUAUUUUAGCACAUACUGAAGAUCAUAAACCAGAUGAUCCUGCUGAACAAGAACGUAUUCAUGAAGCUGGAGGAAGAAUUUCUAAACCAUUUGCUGGUGAUGUUUUACGUGUAGAAAAUCAAUUAGCUAUGACACGUGUAUUAGGAGAUUUUGGAAUGGAUAAACAUAUCGUUCCACCUAUGGCAGAUAUUAUUCAAUAUCCAAGAGAUUCAUCAGCAGCAUAUCUUAUUCUUGCAUGUGAUGGAAUUUGGGAUGUUAUGACAAAUGAAGAGGUAGCUUCAUUUGUUGUUAAUCAUAUAGCAACGACAAAAUUAGAAAAUAUUGCAGCACAAUUAAUAGAUGAAUGUCUUCGUCGAGAUAGUACUGAUAAUAUGAGUAUCUAUAUUGUAAAAUUUUAA